CUCGGUUGCCGCCAGGCGCUGCCGGUGACGGCCGGACCUGGCUGGGGCGGGGAGGGUGGGGCCCGGAGCCGCACAGCCUCAGGCUUGGGCUCGGCCCCAACUUCUUGGGAGCUCCGCGGGUCCCGGCCCAGAUGCAGAAGACUGAGGCCUGUUGACAGUCCAGAGCUCAGCCCCUGCACCCUCUGCACCCAAGAGCUCCAUGCAGGUGCCACAGGAUGGAGAGGACAUUGCCAGCCAACCCUGGUACCAUGGCCCCCUGUCCCGCCAGAAGGCUGAAGCCCUCCUUCAGCAAGAUGGUGACUUCUUGGUUCGUGCCUCUGGGUCCCGUGGGGGCCACCCUGUGAUCUCCUGCCGCUGGCGGGGCUCGGCCCUACACUUUGAAGUGCUCCGUGUGGCCCUGCGUCCCCGGCCAGGCCGGCCCACGACCCUCUUUCAGCUGGAGGAUGAACGUUUCCCAAGCCUGCCAGCCCUGGUUCGCAGCUAUGUGACCGGCCAGCGCCCACUGUCCCAGGCCACAGGGGCUGUGGCCUCCAGGCUGGUGGCACGGCAAAGGCCUAUUCGACAUAGCCUUAGCGAGGACACCCUCCUAGACAGCCCAGCUCAGAUAGAGCCACUCAGGGCUCGGAAGAGGAGUGACAGUCAGCCAGCAGGCUUGGAGCAUAUGGGACAGUCAAGAGAAGGCCUCUCCGGACCAGGAGCCUCUGCUGUGCCCCUAUCUGCCCUGCCUCGGACGGGUAGUGACCCUGUAUUGCUGACGACCCCAGCUCCCCUGGGAUCCAUUGCUGACAGCCUCAGGGCCUCCGAUGGGCAGCUUCACACCAAGGCCCCAAACAAGCCACCUCGAACACCGUCCCUUAUGCUGCCUGAUGCCUCUGGACGCCCCCCCACAUACUGUGAGCUGGUGCCUCGAGUGCCCAGUGCCCAGAGAACACCCGCUGGCCACAGCUGCCCAGAGCCAGAGGCCCCGUGGUGGGAGGCUGAGGAGGAGGAGGAGGAGGACGAAGAGAACAGAUGUUUUUCAAGACCACAGGCCGAGGUCUCCUUCUGCCCCCCUGACAACCCCUUCUGCAUGCUGGGCCCCCAGAAUCGGCCCCUGGAACCCGAAGUCCUGCGUACUCUUCGGGGCCUGUUCCUGGAGCAUCAUCCUGGGAGCACCGCCCUCCACCUGCUACUGGUGGACUGCCAGGCCACAGGGCUCCUGGGAGUGACCAAGGCUCAGCGGGACGCCAUGGGGGUCGCCUCCGGCCUGGAGCUGCUCACACUUCCCCAUGGGCGCCGCUUGAGGUUGGAACUGCUGGAGAGGCACGAGGCCCUGGCGCUGGCCGGGGCGCUGGCGGUGCUGGGCUGCGCGGGGCCGCUGGAGGAGCGCGCGGCCGCCCUGAGGGGCCUGGUGGAGCUGGCACUGGCACUGCGGCCAGGGGCGGCGGGGGACCUGCCCGGACUGGCCGCGGUCAUGAGUGCCUUGCUCAUGCCCCAGGUGUCCCGGCUGGAACGCACGUGGCGCCAGCUCCGAAGGAGCCACACCGAGGCUGCGCUGGCCUUCGAGCAGGAGCUGAAGCCGCUGAUGCGGGCGCUGGAUGAGGGCGCCGGACCCUGUGACCCGGGCGAGGUGGCGCUGCCGCACGUGGCACCCGCGGUGCGCCUGCUGGAGGGCGAGGAACUCCCGGGGCCGCUCGACGAGAGCUGCGAGCGCCUGCUGCGCACCCUGCACGGGGCGCGUCAGAUGGCCCGGGACGCGCCCAGGUUCCGCAAGGCGGCGGCCGGGCGCCUGCGAGGAUUCCGUCCAGACCCGGAGCUGAGAGAGGCCCUAACCACUGGCUUCGUGCGGAGGCUGCUCUGGGGGAGCCGGGGCGCGGGGGCGCCGCGGGCCGCCCGUCUGGAGAAGUUCCAGCGCGUCCUCAGCGUCCUGUCGCAGCGCCUGGAGCCCGACGGCUGAAAGCACAAAUCACCUUCUUCACACUGGGACACCCAGGCUUCUGGGGACCCUGACUGGAGACCAAGGAAGUCGCCGCAGGUUGCUCCUACAGCCUAAAGGGGUGGGGCCCCGCAAAUGCCUCACAGAAGGGAGGGAGGCCAGGUUUGCAAGGACUCAUCCUGUCCCCCCAAAAUGGACACGAAUCUUGGGGUGGGGGCAGCCACCAGCACACUGAAGUCCCAGGUGCCUGGAGGUUCCAGAUACCCUUUCCCGCUCCCCACCCCCCUACACACAUAUCCCACGGUGGUGAACCUAUGGCUUUUAAUGGUAAGAGAACUUGCAGAUCUGUAAGAGGCCAGCGUUCAGCUGUCUUUGAAAUGCUGUGUGACUUCCAGCAGAUCACUUGACCUCUCUGUGCCUCACCUUCCACAUGAAAGUAAGACUGAGUACUUUCUAGGCGUUCUGGUGGGGAUUAAAGCUCAACACUGAAAUGAGUUCCUGGGUGGAGAAUGCCUGGCAUACAAUGGGUGCUCAAUAAACCAUAUCUGUUCUCAGUA